GUUGUUGGGGCUGCUUUGCAUGCUGAUGUGAUGAAGAGUGUGAAGUAUAUGGUGGAGCACUUGGUGAGGAGGAGCAGGGUGUUGUUAUAUCAAGGUGAGUAUGAUUUGAGGGAUGGUGUGGUUCAAACAGAGGUUUGGGUGAAGACAAUGAAAUGGGAAGGGAUUGAGGAGUUUCUGAAUGCUGAAAGGAAGAUAUGGAGGGUUAAUGGAGAGGUUGUUGGGUAUGUGCAAAAGUGGAAAUCUCUCACUAAUGUUGUGGUUUUGGGUGCUGGGCAUCUUUUGCCUACUGAUCAAGCUGUUAAUUCUCAAGCAAUGAUUGAAGAUUGGGUCUUACAAAGGGGUUUGUUUCAAAAUGUGUACAAGGAAAAGUCUAUAUUUGUUGUGUAAUGAUGAUUGAGCUUAGUCGUUAGUUAAAUUCGUCUAUGCAAAACUGAAUUUCAUGGUAAGGUGUCGAUGUGAAGAAUGUGUUGUUAAGCAAUUAGUGAGGAGGUUUCUUUUUUUCAUUUCGCAAUUUUCUUUUUGUUAUACAUGAUUGUGAUAUUAAUGAACUAGCUAUGAUUUUUUUUUC